CACCUCGCCUUUUCCUCCGUUUAAAUCUUGUGUAUUGAUUCUAUAUUCCCUCACCGCUCAAACUUAUUUCCACAAAACACAUUUUAUAGUACAUAUUCGAACAAGUGACUUGCUCCAAUGAAUGUGUCACUCCUGGAAUUGAAAAAGAGUGCAAACACGACCAAGCUCCUUGGGGAGUGUGCCGAGCUUAAGGACGUGAAAGACCUGCUGGGAAAGAGCUCGCAGCACCGCGCCGCGCUUGAGAAGGGGACGCCAACCAUCAAUGGAGAGGAGUUCAAAGUCAGCCAGGACUUCAUUACGGAGGCAAAGAAGCUGUCAGAUUUUUUGGACCUUGACGAGGGCCUGGCAUCGGCGCUGAUCAACGCUGGCAAGGAAUACGAGCACCGGUUUGAGCUCCCUGCACCCGAGUCUGCGCGCGAAGCCAAGCUCCUGAGCAUCCAGCGCUUCAUCCAGGUCUCUGCAAACCACACAUUGCCUGAGAGCUACGUGCAAAAGCUACUGGAGCUUAAGAUGUUUGUUGAGCGCAUCUUUGACACGCUUAAUGAGCUGAAGGCUACACAGGAGAAGGUCACAGCGAUACUGGACGGCCCGACGGCCGAUGUCCCCUACCAGCACGACAUUGUCGAGUUUGUGAAAGUUAAGCUCGGCGAGGAGCGCAAGCAGAUGGCGACAAUUCUCCUGGAGAUUAUGAUGAUGCUGGCAAAGUGGCUUCGUACUAGCGACGUCGAGGACCCGGUGACGCUUCGUCUGACGGUGGCGCUGCUGUCCACGCUGACAUCGUUCUCGAACAAAUUCGACCCAACUAAUGUCGACUUGGUGCUGAAGACUAAGGUUGAGGACCUGGCCUUGCAUCCGGAGUUUGUGACAGAUGACGACGGAAUGAAGGGCAUGGUGUGGCUUCAGUGCCCCGGAUUCAACGAAAUCAUCGGCUAUCGCGAGGAUCGCGUCGAGAGGAUCGCAGAGCAGGCUGUCCAGAUGGGCUACCGCAUUUCCGGCGACCUUGAGUACGAGCUAUCGGCUGAGUUCGAUGUGCUCCUGCGCCAGCACAACCCACUGCCAGCUACCUUAGAGAUCGACGAGCCGCGGAAGCGGUACCCGCACUUCACCGAUAUCCCAGUCGAUGUGCAGGUUCAGAUUGAGCAGAAGCUGGAAGACACACUUGCAGCCUUCAUCAGCCGCAUGUCCAGUCUCAUUCGCCGCAUGCGCUACAACGAGGAGGACGCCAUCUACCAGGCAAAGCAGGCUGAGCAGGAGCGCGCAGCUCUGGAGGAGAAGCGGAAGAGGGAGUUGCAGGAGCAGCAGAUCCGGCACCAGCAGCAGCUGCUCCACGGCGACUACCGGCAGGGCCACAGGCUUAACAUCAAUGCUGCACUAGAGGAGCCGUUGCCCGAAAUUCCGCAGCCUCGUCGCGACACAGAGGCGCUGUUUCUGUGGGUCACUGUGCUGUUCAACGACCGCCCUGACGCUGGUCUUCGUUUCUGGGGCUACCGGGGUGGCAAGCAGCUGGACCUUACCGACCGUCUGGUCGUGUUUGGCAUGAUCCGCAGCUACUUCCACAUGCUUUCUGCCAUUGCCUGUGGCCAACAGGCUAGCACAUUUGCCUACGACUUUUUGAGCUGCUCAGACAGCUCUGCACCGCUCUGCUCGUGGCCUGCGCUCAACAUGCGCAAGAGCGGCCCUGAUGCCGCGGCUACACCGCCAUCGAUCCCUGAUGCCGAGAUUGAGCUUUUGCGUGCAUUCCUGCGUCUUUGUCGCACCGUUGUGCGCUACUCGAUCUCUGCGCGCACGACCCUCGCGAUUCUGAAUAUGUUCAAUCUGCUGGGUUGCAUCGUGCCGGUGUCGCUGAAGGCCAGCCUGCUCAACACGAUCUCUGCGUUCUGCCAGCUUGACGACGACUUUGAAUUCGAUGACGAGGCCCACGCUGCAAACGUGCGCCAGGCGGUCAACAAGAUUGCGUGCAGCACCUGGACUGUACUUGAGCAGAGCCAGAUGCUGAAGACUACCAGCGAUUUGGAGGCGCUUCGGCAGGCUCGCCCGGCUGGAACUCAGCCGGUGCCUACACCAAAGAAGCCGAUGCAUGCAUUGACGGUUGGUCGGACCAACAGCAGCGGCCUGUACAGCCAGAAGGAGGCCGGGAUUGUCUACGAGGUUGAGGAGAUUGAGUCGGUUGUAGAGACGUACCCCGAGAUGCGUGCCUUUGUCCGUCUCAUUGUCACGCUCAUCCACAUGUCGAGCAAUGCUCCGGCUCUGUCAGAUAUGGAGCAUGACCCGGUGCUGUACUCGUCGCCGUCGCCGACGAUUCCAGCUAACCUCGGCGAGACGUACCGUAUCCCAGGAGUCGGGCCAUUUAUCGGAUUUGUGUUGGAUCAUUCGUUCCUGAAGGCAGACCAGCGGGUGUAUCGCAAUCCGGAGGAAAAGUGGAGUGUCUACGCGCUCUCGCUUGAUGCUAUCGAGCGCAGUCUUGCCACGAUGAACCUCAGUACCUUUGCCUCGGAUCCGAAUGCGACGGUGGCUAACGGAGAGAGCCAGGUGUCGAUGCUGCGGGCCUUGGUUACGCAUCCAGGAUUCGAAAUUGCCGUCCGCAUCCUCUGCGGCUCGAAGCUUCUCGACAGCCUUCUUCAGAUCCUAGAUGUAGGCGUUGACGCGCUCAACAGCGCUACUGGCGAUAUGGCAGAUUCAAUUGGGUUCUCCGUCUUGACCACCCUGCGCAUUCUGCUGCGCAUCCAGCGCAUCCAGGACACGCUGCUGCACAAGGCGGUCCCGGCCCUGGUCGAGUCCACCGAUAGCCUCGGCUUCCCCCUCAACCUGCCCCGCUCCCUUACCACGCUUGAGCAGCUGCUGCUUACUCGCCGCACGUCUGUGGUGCAGAUCGUCACGUACAUCAACUGCGUCGUCUCGGCUGAUGUCUGCCUGGCAUCGGUCAAGAUUCUGCGCAACUUGUCGGACUCGAGCGUCUUCAGUGGCAUUGACGACAGCGUAACGCGCGGCAACAGCCUGCUUACCCUGAACCGGCUCGUGAGCAUGAUUGACAGCAGCGAGGAAAGCGUUCGAAUUCUCCAUGGAUUCAUCAACUGCCUGGAAAACGAGGGUACGUCGGCUGCGGAGUCGACGUCUGGCGCGCUGGUUGAGGAAGCUGCCAAGGGAUUCACCAGCGGGCUCGAUGACCAGCGGCUGACCACGGCCGCGCAGUCGAUCCGCAUCGCCAUCAUUGACCUGCUGCUUGCGAACCUGUCGCCCUCGAAGCCUGCGCCGACCAUUGCUCACUGGCUACUGGGCUUUGAUAUGAGGAAGCCAGCGUCGGUGGAUCUGCCCAAGGCGUCGGAGCGUGUGACGUGCCUUAGCUCGAUCCUGAAUCUGAUGCGCGCGAGCGCCACUCCAGAUGCAGAUGCUGCUAACCCCGAUGCAUUCGAUGCUGACUCGUCUGCGCUGCUCCAGAGCCGCCCGCGUCUGGCUGAGCGGUGCUACCACUUGGUGUACCAUCUGUGCUCGGACCCAGUUACAAGUGAGAUGACCAUUCGCUUCCUCCGUUCGCAAGAUGAGUUCUUCUAUAGCCAGCUAACCAGCAUCCCGGCUACCAUUGUGCCUAGCCUGCAGGACGCCAGUCUGCAGCAGCUCUUCCCGCAGGCUGGCGCUGGCAACAGCAGCUCGGGCAUCGACCCUAGCCUGUACAGCCCAAUUAGCGUCUACGCCCAGAUGCACGCGCGUGCCUGGUUCUGGCGCAGCACGGCGCUUGACCUGCACACACUUGUGCUCCAAAAGUCGUCAGAGGACGCCAAGCGCAUGAUCGAGUGGCUCGUCGGCGAUGUGGGCCAGUCGUCGGAUGGCGCUCAGAGCGACGCCAACUUUGGUAUCAACGCAGGCCAGGGGAGCCAGACGUUCCUCAACUCGCGUAUGCGUCUUAUGGCUCUGUUCGAGUCCCUCCGCCAGGCGUACCGCGACUCGUCGUACUCUCUGCGCCACCAGCGUCGCCUCGCCGAGAGAAAGUAUCUGUCGAUGGCGAGCUCUCGCAGCGGGUCGUAUGGCUCCGGAGCCGACUGUGCAAAUCGCGUUGCCUCCGAUGCAGCCCUGCUGAAUGUAGAUAUCAACUCGUGCCGCGUAUCCAACGAGCGCGGGUGCGUCGUGUUCGAUCUCCACGCGCUGGUCGUCCUGCUGCGCAAGUCGCAGUCGAUCCUCGAGUCGAGUGGCCAGAUCAGCUCUACUGGAGCUCGCGAUGGCGUGUAUAUGGCGAUUCGCCGGCUGGUGAUCCAUUGCUACUUUGCGAACCAGGAGUGCGAGCUGUAUGCGGCGUAUGCCAGUGCCCUGUUUGGCUGGAAGGAUAUUGCCGAGGUUAUUGUCACGUCGGCCUGGGACAGGAUUGAGCGCGGUGGACGUGUCGGCCGUGAGCUGACAGCGUUCCAGCUGCUCAAGAGCCUUGUUCAGGUCUUGUCGGAGAACGAUCCUGUCUACAAGUCCGGCAACAGUGGCUUGUCGUCGUCGGCCAGCAGCUGGUGGAUCGAGGCGCCUACGAGUGAGCACGAAGCCCGGCAUGCGGAGCUGCUCAGCGCGCUCUCGCCGACUCUUGCUCUGUUCACUGAGAAGCUUUCGUUCGAGUGGACCCGCUCUGGUACUCUGGCGCGAGCGUCGCUGGCAAUGAGCAAGCCUGGUGUCGCUGGCCAGUCACGCCCGGCACCUGCGGCAGCUGAUAGCCAGCUCCCGAUCGAGCCGCUGCUUGAUGUCUGGAAGCAGCUGGUUGCGGCAGCCCUGACGCCCGCGGCGCAGUCGUCGCUGCCUCUGCGUGGCAACGUGUAUGCGUCGAUGCUGCACUUCCUCAGCGGUGUGCGUAAGCUGGCGGCUGCCGAGGCCAAGGCUGAUGGCAGCGAGGCCAGUGCUUCACCAGGCAAGCUCAUUGCUACUCCGUCGGCGGACCAAGCGCUGGGAGACCAUGCUGCUGAUGCCUCGGACGCGUGGAAGACAGUUGCAUUUAGCCUGCUCGACUCGCUGGCGUCGCUGUUUUACAUCGAGUCGCGUCCCAACCGGGUGGUCAUGUACCUUGCGCGCAAGAACUACUUUGCGUCCUACAUUGGAGCGAUUCUGCGGCGCGAGGACCAGGCACUGCAGGCUACGCUCCAGGCCGAGCCGGCGUCGCUGAAUCCUCUGUAUAUCUAUGAGGCAAAGCUGGCGUUCUUCAUGCGGCUGGCUCUGCGCCAGGACGGUGCUGAGAAGCUUAUCGAGAAUGGGAUCCUGGAUGUGCUUACCGACUGCAGCUUCCUGGACAUGAAGCCCAGUAUCGGCGGCGACUCCGCAAAGUCGGGCUUUGGCGACUCGCUGAUGCCUGCGCGCUCUGAGCGGUACCACCAGCUUCUGAUGCCGGCGCUCAAUCUGGUGCUGCUGCUGGUUACCAAGAUUGGCCGCGACAACCUGCCCAUGUGGACGAAGGCGGCCCGCUUUGUGUCGCAGCACUUUAGCGUGCUUGAAGCUAUUCUGAAGGAGGCGACGGCCACAUCCCAGCCGCUCACCAUUGCGCUGCUGACUGAAGUCAAGGCUAUCAUUGAGCGUGAGAUCGCGCAGGCGGGUUCUGGACACGUUGGCAUCAGCACCCUGCACCUGUCGAUCCUGGCUCUGCUGCCCAAGUUUGCCACAAGCAACGAACAACAAAUGAAGUCGAAGCGUGCCCAGGCACAAAUUCCGGCGUCGGUGUUUGAUGACGAGGCCAGGGACUCGGCAGCCGCUACACUCGGUGAGUCGCUGCUGACAGACAUCCAGCACACGGUCUUUGGCCAGCAGGCGUCGGAGCUGGUUGACUCAGUAGUCCGCAAUGUGAUGACGUACGCCCAGUCGGUUACUGAGCGACCGCUGGCACCCCAGACAGCAACUACUGCGCGGCCGUUCCGCCCAGCGUUUGCAUGGCCGGUUGAGCACGACCGGGAGUCGGACUACACCCCGUCGGUGGCCACACUGAUUGCGUUUGUGCGUCGCUCGCUGGCGCAGGUCGAGCGCGGGCGCAAGGCGCGGGACGACAAGCUGCGGCUCUCGAAGAACACCAGCGCAAUGCCGACGUCCGACCUUCGCAAGAUCGUCGCAGCAUCGCCGUAUGUGCAGCUUCCCGAGGAGCUGGGCUUGCCGCAGAUGCGGGCAGUAGCAUCGGCCCUGCUUGCGCAGCAGGGCCAGCGGAUCGGCAGCAGCCUGAGCCUUCUGGCCACGACGCUCGAGCAGGCGCUGGUGCUGAUGUGGCGGCAUCUGGUGUAUUUCACCAACUCGGCUGCGGCUGCGGCCAACGACGGCAGCGCCGUCCGGCUGCCGACGCAGAUGAACAUGCCGACGCUGCAGGAGCAGGACAUGCUGCGUGCUGCGGCGUCAAUCCAGCUGCCGCCUCUGCUGAGCCAGCUGUCCGAGUUCAAGCUCACCGAGCAGGAGCUGGUGGCGGCCAGUGGGCACAACACCUUCAUCCAGAUGCUGGUGCGCAACAUGCGGGACUUGAUCCUGCGCGACGGCUCGGCGGUCUGAGAUCCGGGGAUCAAAUCUACUAUUUUUCUCUUUUUCCGGGUAUUCAAUUUCAAAAAAUUUCGCCUCUUUGGUAGUUUCUUUUUCAAACUACAGCCAGCUUCUUUGGCAUUCUCUACUCCCAAUUUUCACUCUCUC